UUACAGAACUGUUGAUAAACAUUAUCUAUAAGUAAUUUUAGUAUAUAAAUUUUGUCAUCCCUAAUGAAUUCUCCAAUGCGAAAGUAUACUUCGAAAGCAAGGGUUUUAGUACCUUUAAAACAACGGUUAGUACUUUUAAAGCAAUCUUAUAACGCGCUUAGUUUUUUUUAUAAAACGACUCGGUAUAUAGUGCAAUGUUCCGAGCAAAAUGAAGCGAUCACGAAAAUUUAGAAGGAAAAGACCAUACGUAAAUCCGAUUCAAAAUGCCGAAAGCGUAGAAUUGAAUUUUGGUACGUGGAACAUACGAGGUGGGUUAGAUUUAAAAAUAAAUGAGAUACUGGAUGCCGCGAAAAAAACCGGAAUAAAAAUCUUGACUCUAUCCGAAACGAAGAAAAAAGGCGUUGGUAAGGAACAGUUGGACGGUUUUGUUCACAUAUAUAGCGGAAAAAAGCGACGUCAUGCUGCUCAGGGUGUAUCAGUUCUAAUUAGUGAUGAAUUCAAGAAUAACAUCAUCAAACACACGGCGGUCAGUAAGAGAAUACUGACCGUCAAACUCAAGCUAUAUGGUUAUAAUCUAUGUGUCGUAGCUAUAUACGGCCCCACUGAGAACGACCUACAGCAAGAAAAAAACAUUUUUUUUAAAAACCUCAGAGAGACUUUAAGUGCUCUCAAAGACUCCCAAGAGAAUGGAGAAACUGAAGUCAUUCUGUUGGGAGAUUUCAAUGCCAGAAUAGGAAAAAAGGUGAAUGACAGAAUCGUGGGACCCCACGGCGAAAAGAGUCCGAACAGAAACGGACACAGACUGAUCGAACUCUGCACGGAAUACAACUUGAAGAUACAAAACGGUUUUUUUAAGCAUCCCGAAACUCAAUACACCUUCCGACACGGAAAAAAUAAGAAGCAUCAGUCGAUCAUAGAUUACGGUAUAAAAGAAGAUACGACAUGGACUGUUAAAAAUGUGGAAACAGUUAAAGAUGUAACGUGUGGAACUGACCAUUUUCUUGUAAAAAUGGCAAUAAAGAUUCCGAUUCCAGAGAGGCGGGAUUCCGUUAUUCUCUCUGAAGAUUUAGCAAAUUUGAGAAUAUCAUCUAGAAAUCCGCCAGAUAUCGUAACAAUUGUAGCUAAUAUAUUUAAUGCUGUCAAAAAUAUAUUUUAAAAAACGAAUAGUACAUGGAAAUUAAACUAUCGCAUUACAUACAUAUACAAGGUAAAUCUUAAAUAAGUGUAAAUAUUUGCAGGUCUAGUAGAUUACGACAAAAUAAAAACAUAUUUUCUCUUUACCGUUCUUCAAAUAAGUUCAAAAUAACAGAUAUAUUUUACUUUGAAAAUUUCCAAAAAAUUGAUUUUUCGCUUAAAUUUUGAGAACCACUGGAUCUUUUCUGGGUUUUCUUUCUUGUAAAUUUAAUGUACUACCCGUGUUGCCAUAUUAUAAAGAUAUUAUGUUUUUUAACAAAAAAUUUUAAAAAAUCCAACAAAAUUUUCAAAAAAUUCCUAAUUUUCAAAUUUUUUUUUCGCGAAUAAAACCUCAUAUGGUAAUGUCAAAACAAUUUCGGAUGCACGUGAUCAACUUUGAGUGACAAGCGAUGGCGACAGCGCUGCCAGAUUGUGAUGGAUUUAUGAGAUGAAUCUUAAUUUAAAAGUGACAAACAAUAUAUUUUUUUUACGUUUUAUUUUUAAUUUAAUAACUAAUAUUUUAGUAAUUAAUUGAUUUAUUUGUUUUACAGCUUAUUUUACUUAUUACAUAUUGGCAAAAACUAGGCCAUUAUGAAGAUUAUUCUAAACGUUAUUAUGGGUUAUUUAUUUAUUUAUUGAUGUAUACGCCAUCAGUGGUAAUAACAAGAGGGUGCUAUUAAUGCACAAACUAAUAAUCACAGAAUUUACUAAAAACUAACGUAUAGAAAUAACUUUGAAUGUGCUUAUCAAUCAAACUUACUUCUCUGACUGAAGUCAAGGGUAAUAAAGGACCUUUAUUGUCACGUUUUCGUUCAAAAUAGUUUAUCAGGAAAGCUAAAAGCUCAUUACUUCGACUAUUUAAAUGCUUCGGCAUAUUUUCAAAACACACAGUUCUGUUCAAAACUGAUCUGCUUAAAAGUACAAUUUUUAAAAAAAGAUUAUGAAAAUAGGAAAAAAAAAACGAGAAUUAUUCACAAAGAUUCAACAACAACACGAUAUUAUACAAAAUAAUGACUGACAUUAGGAUAAUUGUCAAAUAAUAAACGACAACGUUGCUGAACACGGUGCAAUGUGACCAACGUAGCGAUAAUAAAAUUUGGUUUAAACUAAUUUUUGGAGCUUUAAUCUAAAUAAAAUAUCUGUUACAAUCAUUUGCUCUAUAAAGUAGAAUGAAGAGCUGCUCGGUAUCGCUGUAUAAUUUAAUUAUACAACAAAUUUAAACCAAAAAUUUUUGCCAAAAUUUAAUUCAGUCAGGUUCAUAGACUUUAUAGUGUCAAUGUCGAUAUGAUUGAUGACGUGCAUCGGAAAAUGUUUUGCGAUUACAAUAGAUGUGUUUCUGGAGUUGAAAUACUAGCCCUGAAAAUAUUUGCACUUAUUUAAGACUCACCCUGUAUAUUAUUUGCUUUAUCAUAUCAACCUUUUCUAACAAAAUAUUAAUAUUUAAUAAUCUAUACGAAAAUUAUUAAUUAUUAUCUAUAUUUGAAUGUCCAGUAACUUAUCUAUCUGUUUUGUUUCUAGCACUUAUCUUAAUCCAUAAUAUUUUAUUACUCACUAAUUUUUCAAAUGAAUAAUAAUUUAAUGCUUUAAAACUAAUUAAGUAAGUUUAGUUAAAAAAAUAUAUUUUAAAAAAUAGUUAAAAUCAAAUAAUAUUUAAAUUGUUUUAUCAUAAAUAUAUUUUAAGAAAUUAGUUAAAAUAAAAUAACAUUCAAAUUGUUUUAUCAUAAUACCUAUACUACAAGAAUAAUUUGGGGAAAUAUGGACCCAGAAAUUAAUUAAUUGCCAGUAAGUGAGGAUUGGUUGGUUGAAUAACCGAUGAUGAUCAAAUAAAAUCACAAAUUUUCAGCACAAAUUUCUUGAGAAUGGAGUAAAAAAGGAUGUCCUUGUUAGGUAAUAACUAGAAGUGAUAAAUUACAAUGCAAAGUUAUACCAUAAAGGAAGGCUUCCAGAUGACACACCUAUUUAAAAAUAAACAUUUAAUUCUAUGGAAAACAUGCAAUUUUUAGGCACUCUGCAUACAAAAAGCAUUAAUGAUUUUUAAAAUAAUUAUAUGCAAGCUAGAAAGAGGGAAUUUAGACAAUAGGUUGUAAUAUUCUGUGCUAAAGUUUUUCAUUAUUCAUUUCAUCUGACAAAGUUAUUAUAUAUUAUAAUGUGUAUGUAUUUAAUGGACUCCAUUUAUGCUGUAACUGUAAAUAAUUUCUAGUUUAAAAUUAAAUCUAAAUGCUAUGUUUUACUGUCCAUUCGUGCCUAUGUUUUGCCUAUGUUUGCCUUGGUUCAGUAUGGCUUAGUGUAACAAAUAGAGCCUUUGUCGAGUGUACUAUUACCGUAUUCUUCUGGAUGCUAUACCGGAUAAUGAAAAAAUCGGCGUUCAGUUGGCUUGGAAAUGAACAUCGAUGACAUUCCCCAUAUAAUUUUACAUAUAAAAAGACAGCGAUGUUCAUUUCAUAGCCAUUGCUGAUGCCGUUUUUUUUCCCUUCAUAUUGUAUUUUCCAACUAUGGCUGAGCAAAUAUCUUAGCAAACAAGUGAGCAGUCAAAACCAUGGAAUAGAAUAACUCAUAGUCUAAAGAUAUUGCCACCAAAUAUGAGGAUCCCCACCUGCAGGAACCCCAGUACCCUGUGAUACAGAUGUGCUAA